UGUUGUUCUUCAUGGCUUGUUUGCUCCUCGCCUCAUUCAUUGAGGCAUAGUCAUUGUACCAUCAGAGCACUCCCUCCUUGGUUCUGAUUCGCGAUGGCGCUGCUGCCUAGGGUUCUUGCUCCAAUCGCUCUCGACUUGAGCACCGAAAACACCCAGGAAUCGGGUGUUGAUCACGCCAGGCCUCGACUUUGAUUCGGACAAUGGAUGAUCCCAGUCGCUCCAUUCCCUCCAGAGAAAGAGAGAAGACGAAGAAGCAACGCUGCCAGGAAAAACAAAAACAACACCACCACAGCGCUCUAAGACGAUUUCUACACCAAAGCUUCCAUUCCAGCCAGCGCCAUUCUCUCCAAUCUCCCUUCCUCUCUUCCCGAUGAUCAUGGGAGCACCACCAGGAGGGAAGCUCCUCCUCGCUCUCUCGCUGCUCCUUUCGAUCGAGCCCCUCCACUCGAGCAGCAGCGGCGGCGGCGAUAUCAAAAUCUCCUCCAGGGGCGACGCAUUCGCUCUUCGCCAUCUCCGCUACUCGCUCCAGGUCCGCAACUUCUACUGGCCAAAGUCGGCACAGGAUCCAUGCUCGUCGUGGCGUGGCAUCCAAUGCGAUGAGCAAGGCCGGGUCGUGGGGAUCCAUCUUGCGGGGCUCAAGAGGACAGUGGCCGGGAUGGCGCAGCCCAGCUUCUCGGUGGAUCCACUUCGAAGCCUGCCACUCCUCCGCUACUUGAAUGCGUCGGGCUUCCAUGCACGGGGUCUACUUCCGUACUGGAUCGGCGAGCUCUCCCAGCUCCAGGUGCUCGAUCUCUCGUCUUGCUCCGGCUUGCAGGGCUCCAUUCCGGAUUCUCUCGGGCAGCUCCGCCAGCUCAAGUUCCUCUCCUUGUCCGGGAACAACUUAACCGGGGGUCUUCCGUACAGUCUCGGCAACUUGGUCGCUCUCGAGGCGCUCAAUCUGUCGUCCAACGGGCUGAGCGGUGGGAUCCCGGGAUCGUUCCAAGCGAUGAGGAGGCUGGUGACUCUCGACGUAUCGAGGAAUCUCUUGGACGAGCUUCCUCGGCUGGGUAGUGGCGAUAGUGGCGGCGUUAAUGGAUCGCAGCCAUGGUUUGAGCGAAUUGAGGUUUUGGAUCUCUCCAGCAACAGGAUCAAUAGCUCGCUCCCGCCGGAGCUGGGAAAGCUGGCGAGCUUGCGAGUUCUCGACUUGUCGCGGAACUCUCUCGGCGGGACGAUCCCUGCCGGGAUUGGAUCGCUCGCGAGGUUGACGAAGAUGGAUCUCUCGCGCAACAAUUUGACCGGGUUCCUUCCUCGCGAGCUCUCGUCGCUGGCCAGGAUGGAGGCGCUGGUUCUGUCUCACAACGAGUUCUAUGGGAGCUUGCCGGAGGGGUUGACGGCACUCAAGUCGAUGGCGUUCUUGGACCUCUCGAGCGAUUAUCUAAACGGCACUGUUCCAGACGAGAUCACGUACACGACCGCGCUGGCCGGGAAUUGCUUCGAGAAUGUGGCUAGGCAGCGCUACCAGAAAGAUUGCCAGCGCUUCUACACGUCCAGGGGAUUGGAACUCUCCGGCGAAGUUGGAAUGCUUCCCACCGCCACGCCGAUCGUGGGAUCGUCACUGGGAGGAAGGCUUGCGGGCAGCAACAAGAAGAGCAAGAAGCAGCACGUAGCAGCGAUCCUGGGUGGAAUUCUCGGGAGUUUUGGAUUCAUCAUCGCGGUGGUGGCGAUCGUGCAUGCGUUCCAGCUCCGCGACCAGCGGCGGCGGAGGAGAUCGAGCUCCUCGUCCAAAGACGAUCGUGGAUCGCAGCAAACCGGCGGCUCCAUGCGACACCACGACCAAGAGCAAGCCAACGUCACGGUAAACCUCGCAUGCAUCGGUGAGGCGUUUAGCUUCGCGCAGCUCCAGCGUUCCACCCAGGACUUCAACCCGGUUAACUUGAUCAAGGCUGGUCACACCGGCGACCUCUACCGCGGUAUCCUGGACGGUGGCUUGCUCGUCGUGGUCAAGAGGGUGGACGUAACUUCGCUCAAGAAGGAUUUCUUGCUGUCCGAGCUCGAGUUUUUCAGCAAGGCAUCGCACACGAGGCUGGUGCCUCUUCUCGGCCACUGUCUGGAGCGGGAAAAUGAGAAGUUUUUGGUGUACAAGUACAUGCAACACGGAGAUCUCGCGCGCGCUUUGCAUCGGAAGAUCGUCCCGAGUCCGCCGAAAGAUAUCUUGCAAUCGCUCGACUGGAUCACCCGGCUGAAGAUCGCGAUCGGUGCUGCCGAGGGAUUGAGUUAUCUCCACCACGAGUGCUCGCCAGCGCUCGUCCACAGGGAUAUCAAGGCUACCAGCAUUCUUCUCGAUGACAAGUUUGAAGUGAGGCUUGGAAGCUUGAGCGAGGCUCGGAUUCAAGAUGGAGGAGUUCAUCCAAAUCUUAUCAUGCGUUUUCUUCGCAGCAGAUCACAGACUUCCGAGCAAGACCCAGAUUCUCCAGUGGCAUCGUGUGCUUACGACGUCUACUGCUUUGGCAAAGUCCUCCUCGAACUCGUCUCUGGAAAGCUCGGAAUAAGUGGAACCAUGGAUCCCGGCGCUGAUACGUGGGUGGAAACCAUACUCCCGCUCAUCGACCGGCACGAAAAGGAGAACUUGAGCAAGAUCGUGGACUCGUCGCUGCUCGUCGACGAUGAUCUCCUGGAGGAAGUAUGGGCAGUGGCGAUCGUCGCCAAGAUGUGCCUCAAUCCAAAGCCAUCCAGGCGGCCAGCGAUCCGCCAAGUUCUCAAAGCUCUGGAGAACCCACAGCGAGUGGUGAGGGAGGAGAACUUCACAGCCUCGCUGAGGAGAUCCUCGCAUAGCUCCUGGAAUGGCUCCCUGUUUGGGAGCUGGAGGCACAGCUCGUCGGAGACGGUGAUCCCGGCGACUCUCAAGGAGGAGAGCUUGCAACCCGAUCAUUACGGAGGAGCGUCGAGCAUCCGGAAGCAUUCCCAUUCCCAGGGAUCUUUCCAAGACCAUGGUCACCACCACCGGAGGCCUGGGUCGAGCGAGAUCUUCCCGGAGCCACUGGAAGGCCAGCAACAUCACCAACAUCACUCCUGAGGCUAAAUAACAUAGUCAACUUAGAUGGCAAAGCUGGCAAAGUUUCAACAUUUUAGCGUCAACCUUCCAGAAAAGAGAUGGCAAAGUUCCAAGAGUCACGACUCUAUUGUCAAGCUUCCACGAAAGAAGUCGUACUUCUGCCAUGAAAGAAGUAUAAACCUUAUAAAAAAGUUGGCGCGUGGAUUGCCAUGUGGCAUGGUUA